CCUCCCCGCGCCCCUCCCCACGCCGGCUGCCACUCCGCACCGGCGCCCACCCCCUCCUCCCGCCGGCGACCUCUCCGGUCCCGGCGACCCCUUCCCGGCGGAUCUCCCCCCUUUGCUUCCCAUGGCUUCUGGAUUUCGUAGCCCCCCGUCGGUCUCGUCGGCGUUCCCGCGGGAGCGUCCUAUCGUCUCGGGGUUGGGGCUGUCGGAGUCGCCUGGCUUGGCGCGCUCCUCUUCGGCUGCUGGUAGUCAGGCUGUUGGCCCCGCGCCGGCGCAAGCGGAGGUCUGGCGCCGGCCGGGCCCCUCCCGCAAGGCCAUGUGGCGGCGUCAUCGUGCUCUCAGGAGGCAGUUCGGGGCUGGUGUUGGGCCCGGCCGCGAUGCGUCGCCGUCCUCCUCAGAGCGGCGCCAAAUCCCGCCGGACUUGUACGGCCUAUGCUUCAGGUGUUUCGAGGACGGUCACCGGCGUCAAGACUGCACUAACGAGCCUUUGUGCAUCCGCUGCGGCCACGCUGGGCAUGUCUCCUCUCAGUGCCUGGAGCCGCGCAGUCCCAUCUCUGCGGAGGAGUUGCGCUGUGCGGUGAUUGCCAAGGUCGCUCGCAGGUCGGAGGCACCCGGACAGGCACCGGCCAUUCGGCGGAGGUUGUCGGAGCCUAGGCAGAGCGCGCCGGUGGCGCCGCUCUUGCCAGUUGCGCCCAACCUCCACCCUGUGCUGCCGGGAGCGGCCUUGCUGGUGGUACUGUCCGACAUCUGUGUGCUGCCGCGCUCGGAGGGGUUGGACGACCUCGAGCGCCGGUUACAGCUGGCGGUGGUGAUGUACGUUGGCGGGGCAAGGCCGGCCGUGUCCUGCGACGACGCAGCGGUCGCGAUUUCGGCACAGUUGGGGAUCCCAAGGUUUCGUUUUUCUGUCCACAAGUUCCACCCGGAAGAUUUCUUGGUCGUGUUCGCGGCGCAUGAGUUCAGGAACAGGGCACUGGCUCUCCCAGCAAUUGAGCAUCUCGGAGUCAAGUUCUUCAUCAAGCCAUGGCUCAGGCAGGCGCAGGCGGCAUCGAGGCUAAUGCGGGUGCAGGUGGAUGUCAUGAUCGAGGAUGUCCCGUCCCAUGCGUGGGCUCAAGAGACGGCGGCAGAGCUACUUGGGAGUGCAUGCUUGAUCGAUAGCCUGGCACCGGAGACGGCCAGCAGGGAGGACUUGUCGCUGUUCAAGUUGAGGGCUUGGUGUGUGGAUCCUGAGGAGGUGCCGGUGUUUCGGAGGCUGUGGGUGCCAGAGCAGCCGGAGGUGGUCUCUGACCUGGCGGCGAGGCGAGCUUCGUUCCGCCAGCUCUUGGAGUAUCCGGUGUUCAUUCACGUCGGCAGGUUGAGGGAUUUCUCGCCGCCGGAGAUGUGGAGAUGUGCAUCAGGAUCUGACGGCAGGAGUGGGCAGAGUGGUUUGCCGGACAGCUCGAACGGUUCGUUCCAAGGAGGUGAUUGGGUGGUCCAGCCAUGGGCACGCGGCGUUCGCGAUGAGCGUGGUGCCGGCCGGCGGUACAACAACGACGGUGGUGGCGGGACGCACGUCAGAUCAUACCGGGUGGCGCUGGAAGGAAGGGUGGGGCCCUCUGCUUGGAGGCUUCCACCAAUCGGACCGGGUUCGUUGACGGUCAAGCCUGCUGCGGUGUUGCAGAGUCACGGGACUGUGGUGGGACAGGGUCUUUCAAAUGAGCCAAUCCAAAUGAGGGAAGUGCUGCCCACAGUGGUGGAGACAGCUGGAGAGUUGGCAUUGGCGGCACAGACCAGCCCUGCUAGGGAACGACCUGUGGAGCAGGCGCAGGUGACGACAUGCUUGGGAUCCGAAGUGGUCAGGCAGGAGGAUGCUAGGACCGAGGCUGUGGUGGAGCCUUUGGUGGUGGCCAACGAGAGGGCCGCAGAUGUGGACAAGGACGUGGGGGCUAAUCCCAGACCGAUCGGGGUGGGGCCUCUGCAACCCGAUCAGACCAUGCCAAUCGAUGCGGAGGUGGGAGUGGGGGCCGAUCCAAAGCAGACCGUGGUGGAGCCACAGUUGGACCAGGCGGUUUCUUUUGCCGCGGAGGAUCCGGUGCGGCUUGUCGGGCCAGGUGCUGCAGAAGAUUCGUCCAGGGGCGGGCAGGGACCGGUGCAGGAAAUCCCAGCAUCCGAAGAUGCCCCGGCGCUGCUUUUGGAAGGAUGGGCCCCAGUUUCGGAGUUGAUUGGCGACGCUGCUCGGGAGCUGCACCUAUCUCAUCUCGGGCCAGGAUCCACCCCGGAGCUCGCGCAGGGGGACCAGGUCUCUCUGGCAGCCAGGGAUGCAUGUGAUGGGACUACGUCGGAGGGCCAUGCAGAUAACGUUUUUUUGCAUGGUGGAGAGCUAGUUGUGCAUGAGGAUGCCCGGGAUGUGCACGCCAUGGAGGAUAGCCUGUCUGCCAAGGAGAGGGCAGCACUUGGCAACAUCAAAUCCUUUUGCGCCGGGCUUCUGAAGAAACUAGCUCCUCCACUCCUGAAGGAGAUAGAAAGCGUAUAAGGGGUGCGUGCUGGCCAGGACCCGUUUACACCUAGGCGAAACACCCGGUCGGUUUGCGCAACGGGCGCUAGGAAGAGCAACGUGACAGCGGCGGAGUCGGUGCUUCUUAAAGCGCUGGGCAUUACUAGCGAUGAUCUAGCGGUCUCUGAAGACGCGCUAGGUCAGCUAAGGGCGGUGUUUGACUCGUCGGUCCAAGAGAAGCAGUUGAGGGCGAUUGCGGCUAUAUUCGGGAAGAUUAUGCCAAGCAACUUGGCUUGUGAUAUGGAGAGUACGGCGCUACUGUCAAUCUAGACAGCGCGAGCCGUGGCACGGGGAGACCCCACUAUCCCUAUGUCGCACGCCACGAUGGAGGUUGUAUGUUGGAACGUUAGGGGGCUCAACAACCCUGCUAAGAAAAAAGCGCUUAGGGAGUUCGUUGACACGGUGCGUGUCGCGAUUAUAUGUAUCCUGGAGUCAAAACUCGAGAGAGUUGACCAAUUUACUAUCCUGCAAUGCUUAUCUCCCUGCGUCGGA